AUGUUACUUCUCUCUUCUGUUUGUUUAUUUCUCUUUCUCUCUCUCCCUUUCUUUCUCUCACUCUUUAUUUUUUCACUCUAUUUCUUUCUUUUUCUCUCUCUCUCACACUCACUCUGUCUUUCUCUUUCUCUCUUUCUUUUUAUCUCUCACUCUCUCUUUCUUUCUCUCUUUCCCCCUCUCAUUCACUCUCUUUUCAUCACUCUCUCUCACGCCUCUCUUUCUCUCUCUCUCAAUGUCCCUUUCUUCCUCUCUCUCUCUCUCUUAACUCAUUAUAUUUUUCUUCUUUUGUAUUUUUUCUCUUCUUUCGUUUUGCUGUCCGCAUUUUUCCUACAUUACUUCUUCUUUCUUGUUUGUUUUCCUUUCUCGUCAUUUUUUCAUUUUGACUUAUUUUUUUCCGUCCUUCUUUCCGUCGUCCCAUUUUCACUUUCCUUUUUUCCUUUCUUUUUUUUCACUCUUUCGUAUCUUCCCCCCCUUCUAUCCACAGAACUUUCCUUCUUCCCUGACAUUUUUCGUUCUCUGAUUCUUCCUUCCUUCGUUCCAUAUUCUUUCUUUUAUACUUCUUUUAUUCAUUAG